UCACAAGAUGGCGGCGCGCGGGGACCGUGGCAUUUGCGUGUCUAGGAACUUCGCGCUGCGGGUGGCGUAAAAAUUUGAGACUGCACAGGCCCACGCCAGACGCGUCAUCGGGCAAAAGCAUCCGCCUAGGAGAUGGCUCUGAGUAAGUCAAUGCAUGCAAGAAAUAGAUACAAGGACAAACCUCCUGACUUUGCAUAUUUGGCAUCCAAAUAUCCAGACUUUAAGCAACAUGUUCAAAUAAAUCUGAAUGGAAGAGUGAGUCUCAAUUUUAAAGACCCUGAAGCAGUCAGAGCUUUGACUUGUACUCUCUUAAGGGAAGACUUUGGACUUUCUAUUGAUAUUCCAUUGGAGAGACUAAUUCCCACAGUUCCUUUGAGACUCAACUAUAUUCAUUGGGUAGAAGAUCUCAUUGGUCACCAGGAUGCUGACAAAACUCCACUUCGAAGAGGAAUUGAUAUAGGUACUGGGGCAUCUUGCAUCUAUCCCUUACUUGGAGCAACCUUAAAUGGCUGGUAUUUUCUUGCAACAGAAGUGGAUGAUAUGUGUUUCAACUAUGCUAAGAAAAAUGUCGAACAAAAUAACUUAUCUGAUCUCAUAAAAGUGGUAAAAGUACCACAGAAGACACUCCUAAUGGAUGCUCUUAAAGAAGAAUCUGAAAUAAUCUAUGACUUUUGCAUGUGCAACCCUCCUUUUUUUGCCAACCAAUUGGAAGCAAAGGGAGUAAACUCUAGAAAUUCUCGAAGACCUCCACCUAGUUCUGUAAAUACAGGAGGUAUCACAGAAAUCAUGGCAGAAGGUGGUGAAUUAGAGUUUGUUAAAAGGAUCAUCCACGACAGUUUACAACUUAAAAAAAGAUUAAGGUGGUACAGCUGCAUGCUAGGAAAGAAGUGCAGCCUGGCUCCUCUGAAGGAAGAGCUUCGCAUCCAAGGGGUUCCUAAAGUCACCUUCACUGAGUUCUGUCAAGGUCGGACCAUGAGAUGGGCCUUAGCUUGGAGUUUUUAUGAUAAUGUCACAGUACCAUCACCACCAAGUAAACGAAGAAAAUUAGAGAAGCCAAGGAAGCCCAUUACGUUUGUAGUGCUGGAGUCUGUGAUGAAAGAGUUAUCUCUCAAAGCAUCAUCUUUGGGCUCUGAGACAGCGGAAGGCAUUGUGGGUGUGACAACAUGGAUAGAAAAAAUUCUCACGGAUCUGAAGGUCCAGCAUAAACGAGUUCCCUGUGGAAAAGAGGAAGUUAGCCUUUUCCUGACAGCCAUAGAAAACUCCUGGAUUCAUUUAAGGAGGAAGAAAAGAGAACGAGUGAGACAGCUGAGAGAGGUGCCUCGAGCUCCUGAGGAUGUCAUCCAGGCCUUGGAGGAGAAGAAGGCCACCCCCAAAGAGUCGGGCAGUAGCCAAGAUGUGGCCCUGGCCCCCCAGGAGAGUACCCUGUGUGGCCCUGCUCCACAGGAAGACGAGUCUGCCACUGUUGGGGGCCACUGCCCAAGCCAGGAGUCAUUGUCCCAGGAGGAAGCCCCAGAACCCCUGGAGGAUGAAAUGAGUGAGGGAAAGGGAGGGACAGAGGUUAUAGAAAGUUGUAAGGGCUCUAGCAAUGGCGCCCAGGACCGAGAGGCAUCUGAGCAGUUCAGCAGCCCCGAGGCUGACAAGGGGAAGCAUCUCCAAGGAGGAGGUGCACAGUACCUAUUUAAGUGUUUGAUAAAUGUCAAGAAGGAAGUGGAUGAUGCCUUAGUUGAAAUGCAUUGGGUUGAGGGUCAGAACAGGGAUUUGAUGAACCAGCUUUGUACCUAUAUACGUAACCAAAUUUUCAGACUUGUUGCUAGUUAACUCCAAACUUCUUGUAC